AGUUCUGAGCCGGCACAGUAGGCCGCGGGCUCACGCUACAACAUGAUCUUCUUAGCACUAUUGCUGGUCGGCGCGGUGGCGCUCUACCUGUACGGCACCAGGAACCACGACUAUUGGAAGAAGAAAGGAGUUAAACAUGACAAGCCCAUACCACUAUUUGGGACAGACGCGAAGCGGUAUCUGCUGCAGAGUAGUAUUGCGCAAAUGUCAGCCGAGACCUACUGGAAGUAUCCUAAUGAAAGAUUCGUAGGCUACUACCGCGGCGCCAUCCCAGAGCUGGUGAUCCGAGACCCGGAUCUCGUGAAGCAGAUCAUCACGACAGACUUCGCGUAUUUCUACUCACGUGGGCUGUCGCCGGCGCACAAGGUGAUCGAGCCGCUGCUCCGCAACCUGUUCUUCGCGGACGGAGACCUGUGGAAGCUGCUGCGGCAGCGCAUGACGCCGGCGUUCACGAGCGGCAAGCUGAAGGCGAUGUUCCCGCUUAUCGUGGAGCGCGCCGAGCGGCUGCAGGCGCGCGCGCUGGCCGCCGCCGCCGCCGGCCGCCCGCUGGACGCGCGGGACCUCAUGGCGCGCUACACCACCGACUUCAUCGGCGCCUGCGGCUUCGGCCUCGACGCCGACUCGCUCAACGACGAAAACUCACCCUUCAGGAAACUCGGCAUGAAAAUUUUCAACAUUACUUUCAAGCGCACCAUUGUUAUAUUUUGUAAAACUAUUUUCCCCGACUUUUUCAAGAAACUUAAGUUUUUGGGACAAGACCUCGAAGAUGACAUUUUGGCGCUCGUUAAUCAGAUUCAAAAACAAAGAAAUUAUAAGCCUUCGGGUCGAAACGACUUCAUCGAUUUUCUGAUGGAAUGGCAACAACGAGGAAAGAUCAUAGUCGAAUCUUUGGAAGAAACGACUCCGGAAGGCAAACCUAAGUUAGUCGAGCUAGAGAUGGACGACGUGCUGGUGGCUGCACAGGCGUUCAUCUUCUUCGCGGCCGGCUUCGAGACGUCCUCGUCCGCCACCAGCUUCACGCUGCACCAGCUCGCCUUCCACCCGGAGGUGCAGCGGCGCGCGCAGGCCGACGUGGACCGCGUGCUGGCGCGCCACGGCAACAAGCUCAGCUACGACGCCGUCAAGGAGAUGACGUACCUGGACUGGGUGCUGCAGGAGGGCAUGCGCAUCUUCCCGUCGUCCGGCAUGCUGCUGCGGCAGUGCGUGCGCCCCUACACCAUCCCCGGCACCGACAUCACUAUCGACAAGGGCGUCAAGAUUAACAUCCCUCUGGUGGCGCUGCACAACGACCCGCAGUACUUCGACAACCCCUCCGAGUUCCGCCCCGAGCGCUUCGCCCCCGAGGAGGUCGCCAAGCGACACAAGUUCGUGUACCUGCCCUUCGGCGACGGACCCCGCUCUUGCAUUGGAGGUCGGUUGGGCCAGAUGCAGUCGCUGGCGGGCCUGGCGGCGGUGCUGGCGAAGUUCAGUGUGUCGCCGGCGCCGGAGACGCGGCGCGAGCUGGUCUCCGACCCCAAGUCCAGCAUCGUGCAGAACAUCGUGGGCGGCAUCCCGCUCAUGUUCGAGGCGCGACACCCCCCCGCACCCCUCGCGGACGACAACAGUCGCUCGCUCUAGUGCAAGAUACUCCUAUUGCAUUCAUUUAUCGUCUAAGUCUUUAAUUUAUUUUAGUCUACUUCUUAUAAAACACUAAGUGUUAAUGUUUAGCAUGACUGUGAUACUGUGACUUUAAGUGUUGAUUUGUUUGUUAUAGUUAGGUAUAAUUUAAAUAUUUUUCUCAAUGUUAAUCUCCUUUGCAUAAAACGAAAAAUUGUUUGUAUGCUGAUCAAUGUGUUAUGAAUUGUUUUAUUUAAGUAUCUGUUUAGUAUAAUAAAUAAGCAAUAACGUUCUGAUAUAAAACGUACCUAUACUUACCUACAUAUUAUACUUGGUGUAUUUUUGUGAAGAAUCUUCCUAGAAACUUAUUGAUUGGCGUGAUCCGCCCCUGCUUGCUGUUCCCACUGGUCGUACACUAGCACGCGAUUAUCAGUAAUUAUCUAAAAGUAAGUAACACACAGCGCCAUCUGUUAUCUCUUAACGUAACAAACAUAUACGUAGAGUUGAUCCACUUUCACUUUAACAUCCGGAGAAAUGACUCGAUUUAUCAAAGCUCAACUUCAAAUAAGAAACAACGAUGAGCACAGAAGUAUAACGGAGCCCCUACUCGGACUGAAUAGCAAGCAAAUGUUCUGUUAAUGUUCUUUACUGUGAUAGAAACUGGUAACAAUAUAGGUAUUACUCA